AUGAACCCUGCUGUCUCGCCAUACAAUCUCUGGAGCGUGCGGUUCAUGCGCUACUUCUCCAUCCUGCUCUUGUUCAUCACCUUCUUCUGGUGGGUUCUGCUCCUCGUCAGCAUCUUCGUCAGUCCGCCGGGCAUGCACUCUCGCGGUUCCGGCUUCUUCGACUUCUCAUUUACAAGUCUAUCGCUGGCAAACCUGAUCAUCGUCCUCCUAUUCUUCUCGACUCCGUCGAAGGCGGCUCAGAUUACCGUUCUUGUCACAUCCGUUCUCCUUCUCUUCGACAUGAUCAUGAUCCUUGCCGUGCCUCGCCUCCGUGUUGAGGAAGGCUGGGUUGGCAUUGCUAGUGUUGUAUGGGCCCUCCUUAUCGGCAUCUGGGUCGUCAUAACAGACCGUGUCGUGGCAUACGGCAAGGAAGAGAAGAAGAACGUCUCACAGGGCGCGCUGAGACCCGCCGCACCAUCCGCGAGUGGCCGCGACUCUUCUCUGGCACCACAGGGAGAGCGCUACUACGUCGACGGUGACAAAUACCAAAUCCAUCUCUACUGCAAAGGCAACGAGACCGACAAGUCAGACAACAAGGUCCCAACCGUGCUCUUCGAAGCCGGAGAACGCCCAUUCGGACUAUCCUUGCAAACUUUCGCUGACAACGCCAUUGCCAACGGCACGAUAUCCCGCUACUGCUACGCCGACCGCCCCGGUUUCGGCUGGUCCGAUAACGCGCCCUCACCAUUCUCCGCCGGUAUGGCCGCUGACGUUCUAUCCGAAGCUCUUGCACGCGCAGGCGAGGAGGGACCAUGGGUUCUAGCCAGCGCAGGCGUGGGAAGCGUGUACUCGCGCAUCUUCUCCGCCCGCCACGGCAAAGACGUCAUGGGCCUCCUACUCAUCGACCCCCUGCACGAAGACCUCCUCCACCGCCUCGCCUCGCCCCACCGCGGCUUCUUCCUCUGGCUGCGCGGCAUCCUCUCCCCCCUUGGUAUUGACCGUCUCUCCGGCGCGAUCUUCCGUGGCCGUAGCCGCGAGGACAGGGUGUACGGGUGGUCCGCGUACCAGGGCGGGAAGUCCAUCAAGGCGAAGCUGCAGGAGUCGCUGGUGGCGGAUAGCUUGACGAGGAAUGAGGUUACGAUUUCGAGGGUGGUUCAGGAGGAAGAUACGCCGGUGGCGAUUGUGAGUUCGGGGAUUGAGUCGAAGAGGGAUAGCGUGUGGGAGGAGAAGCAGAGGGAUUUGACUCAUUUGACGAGGGAGUUGGUGGGGUGGGAUAUUGUGAAUAAGGCGCCGCAUGAGGUGUGGGAGACGCUUGAGGGGAGGGAGAAGAUUGAGAAGAGGUUGGGUGAGCUGGUGAGGGUGUAA